AUGAAGCUGGUGUGGUGCCCCGACACGGCCUCCAAGGCCUACAUCGACGGCGUCCGGGCGAUCGCGGGCAACGACUCCGCCGACGGUUCGCCCGAGCUCGCCGAGCUCGUCGCCGCCAUGGCCGGCGGCUGGAACGCCCAGCUCAUCGUCGACGCCCCGGACACCACCCCGCCGUCGACGUCUAGCAGCCGCCGCCCGCCCGCCACCAGCCUCUCGCUCGCCGCCGCCGCGCGACGCACGGGCGGCCGCUACGCCCGCGUCGACGUCUCUAGGGAAGAGUCCGACCACUCCGGCUCCUCGUCCUCCGCCACAGAGGCGGCCAUGGCGCGGCUGGAGGCCGUGGACCUUCUCGUGCUGGACGCGCGGCGCCGGGACGCGGCGGCCGUGCUCAGGGCGGCGAGGCCGGGGCCACGGGGCAUGGUCGUGGUGCGCCACGGCAUCGGCUGCGUCCGGCGUCGCGCCCCCGCGCCGCCGUGGGGGAUGGCGGCCGGGACCCGGGUCGUGCGCGCCGCCUACCUCCCCAUCGGCGCCGGCGGCGUCGAGGUGCUGCACGUCGGGGUCGGCAAGGGCCCUAGCCUGCCGACGCACCAGCACAGCAGGAGGCCCAGCAGCGGACGUGGGCGGUGGAUCCACCACGUCAACCACCGCACCGGCGAGGGGCACGUCUUCCGGCGCCAGUAG